UCUUUCAGAAAUGGUGAUGUUGACCCAUGGUCUCCUGGCGGUGUUUAUGAAAGGGCUCCAGGGAUCGCACAUGCUACUAAGCAUGGUGUGUAUACUUUCCUAAUCCCUGGUUCAGCACAUCAUCUCGAUCUGAGACAACCAAACACCUGCGAUCCACCACCAGUCAAGAAUGCACGAUUCCAGAUAACGAAUAUAAUUGACUGCUGGGUGAAUCCGAAGAAAUGUCCCAAGCCACCUGUAGCAACGAAACUGCCGCCACUUGGUGAAUUGUCAUCGAAAGAUUGUAAAUCUGAAUACUUCGCCUAUCCUUGGGGCCAAAAGGUGAGCAGAUUGAGCUUUUUCCCAAGUAUAUGA